CGAUGCCAAGUCUCUCUUCAUAGCCUCCGGACUCUGAUGUUCGGACGGGUAACAGACGGCUAACAUGCGGCUCUGGGCGCUACCGUCCAGACCUCUCUAGUGAGCGGCAACGCCUCCAAUCCCGUCAUAUCUACACGAACGCGAAGCCAAGUACAUACCCUACUCCUCUACACCUUCUGCAUCUCCAUCGCCCAGCAAGUUGCUCUGCAAGCUCAACCGAAAAAAAUCUCCCUCUUCUCUCCACAUAUACCGUGUUCUACAUCGUAAAGACGCACAACUUACAACAACCCCCCAGUCUCAGUUCCUCCGCGACUUACCCCGCCAUACACCGAUAACCCCGCCGUUGCCUUAGCAACAACAACCACCUGUCGCUGCUGAUUCUCCGCAUUUCCCCCCGCCUCGCGAGAGUCUGCAAAUCACAUAGUCUUCUCCGCUUCAAAGGGGUCCUCCGAUCGAAACAGUAUAAUGGCUGCUCUGUCUAUCGAGGAAUUGGACAAGCAUGUCCGCCAGUUCUACGAGGGCGCUGGCCAGGAGAGAAUAAACGCCCAGCAACUCUUGAAUCAGUUCCGAGAAAAUCCCGACUCUUGGAUCCUCGUCGAUAAGAUUCUGGAGACUGCCAGCUAUCCCCAGACCAAAUUCCUCGGAUUACAGGUCUUGGAUACCGUGAUUCAGACCAGGUGGAAGGUGCUUCCUAAGGAACAGCGGCAGGGUAUACGGAACUUCGUCGUGGGCUUCAUCAUUCAGGCCUCUUCUACCGCGGACAGCCUACAUCAGCAGCGCCUGCUGAUCAACAAGUUGAAUCUUGUCCUUGUCUCGAUCCUCAAACAGGAUUGGCCGCACGACUGGCCAGACUUCAUCAAUGAAAUCAUCAGCUCCUGCCGAACGAACUUCUCGAUCUGCGAAAACAACAUGGCUAUCCUCCGGUUGCUUUCCGAGGAGGUGUUUGACUUUUCGGCAGAACAGAUGACACAAGCAAAGACUAAAAACCUCAAAACGACAAUGUGUCAGGAGUUCUCGUCGAUUUUCCAGCUUUGUUCCGAGGUGCUGUCUAUGGCCGAACAGCCGAGUCUGGUGAAGGCUACGCUGGAGACUUUACUGCGAUUCCUCAAUUGGAUCCCACUGGGCUACAUUUUCGAAACCAACAUCAUCGACACCCUCCGCUCACGUUUUCUGGAACAACCGGAGUUCAGAAACGUCACCAUGAAGUGCCUAACUGAGAUCGGUGGCCUUCAGGUUAAGCAGUUCGAGUACGACGAUAAGCUCGUACAAAUGUUCACGACGGUCAUGACUAGCGUAUCGAACAUAAUACCGCUCACGACCGAUUUGAGGUCCAUAUACCACACCAGCAACAGCAGGGAUCAAGAGUUCAUCCAGAACCUUGCGCUGUUCCUCUGCAACUACUUCACCGUUCAUGUACAGCUCAUCGAGAAACUCGCUAACAAGGAUUAUCUCGCGCAUGCUCACUUCUAUCUGAUCCGGAUUUCUCAGAUUGAGGACCGUGAGAUCUUCAAGAUCUGCCUGGAGUAUUGGAAUAAGUUGGUGCAAGAGCUCUAUGAAGAGAUGCAAAAUAUCCCAAUGACCGACGUGAAUCCAUUGCUCGGCAUGCGAGAGAUGAUCUCCGGUGGUAUCGCUGGCGGCGGCGGAGCCAUGCACCCCAACAUGCACGCCAACUUUCCAUUGCGGAAGCAUUUGUACCACGAUGUGCUCACCAACCUUCGCCAGGUCAUGAUCGAGCGGAUGGUCAAGCCCGAAGAGGUCUUAAUUGUCGAAAACGACGAGGGAGAGAUCGUACGUGAGUUUGUCAAGGAGAGCGACACCAUCCAGCUCUACAAGGCGACCAGGGAAUGCCUCGUCUAUCUUACGCACUUGGAUGUCAUCGACACAGAGGCUAUCAUGUCGGAGAAGCUUGCCAAGCAGGUGGACGGCUCCGAGUGGUCGUGGGCCAACUGCAACACCCUCUGCUGGGCUAUCGGAUCCAUUUCAGGAGCCAUGAACGAGGAGACCGAAAAGCGCUUUCUGGUCACCGUCAUCAAGGAUCUCCUAGGCUUGACCGAGAUGAAGCGUGGAAAGGACAACAAGGCCGUGGUGGCCUCGAAUAUCAUGUACAUUGUUGGGCAAUACCCGCGGUUCCUGAAGGCUCACUGGAAGUUCUUGAAGACCGUGGUCAACAAGCUAUUCGAAUUCAUGCACGAAACCCACGAAGGUGUCCAGGACAUGGCCUGUGAUACGUUCAUCAAGAUUGCGCAGAAAUGCAGACGCCAUUUCGUCGCACUUCAGCCAGGCGAGACAGAACCGUUCAUCGACGAAAUUGUGCGAAACAUGCAGCGCAUAACUUGCGACCUUUCACCGCAGCAGGUUCACACGUUCUACGAAGCGUGUGGAUAUAUGAUUAAUGCCCAGGGACAGCCUGGAAUUCAGGAGAGACUGAUUUCCGACCUCAUGCUCCUCCCCAACCAAGCGUGGGAUCAAAUCAUACAGGAGGCCGCACAGAACCCCAGCAUUCUCGAGAAUACUGAAACAGUCAAGAUCAUCGGGAACAUCAUGAAGACUAAUGUCUCGGCCUGCACGUCGGUCGGCACCUACUUCUACCCGCAGAUCGGGCGCAUCUACAUGGAUAUGCUUUCUAUGUAUCGUGCAGUGAGCCAGAUGGUGUCCGAGGGCAUCGCAAGGGAUGGACCUGUAGCUCCCAAGAUGCCUCGUAUUCGUGGACUCCGCACUGUCAAAAAGGAGAUUCUCAAGUUGAUCGAGAUUUACGUCCAGAAAGCAGAUGACCUUGAGAUGGUGAACAAUAACAUCGUACCGCCGCUUCUGGAUGCCGUUCUCGUUGACUACAACCGCAACGUACCGGAUGCACGAGACGCGGAGGUUCUGAACGUUAUGUCCACCAUCAUCAGCAAGCUUCAGCAGUUAAUGGAGGACAAGAUCCCAAUCAUCAUGGAGAAUGUCUUUGAGUGUACCCUAGAGAUGAUCAACAAAGAUUUCUCCGAAUAUCCAGAACACCGAGUGGAGUUCUUCAAGCUGUUGCGGGCGAUCAAUCUGAGUUGUUUCCAGGCAUUGCUCAAGCUGGACGGCCGGCAGUUCAAGUUCGUCAUUGACGCUUGUCUUUGGGCGAGUAAGCAUGACAAUCGUGAGGUGGAAUCGGCCGGUCUCAACAUGUGUAUCGAAUUGAUCAACAACAUUGCUGAAACGGACGUGCAGACUGCGGGUAGCUUCUUCCAGCAGUUCUUCAUUCCGAUCCUGCAGGAUAUCUUCUUCGUCUUGACCGACGCCGACCACAAAGCGGGCUUCAAGCUUCAGGCUUUGUUGCUUUCGCGCAUGUUCUACUUUGUGGACUCGGGCAAGGUCCAGGCGCCGCUCUACACUGACCAGGUCCCCGCUGGAACGUCCAACUCGCAAUUCCUGCGAGAGUACGUUGCCUCCCUGCUGAUGAGCGCAUUCUCGCACCUCCAGCCGAACCAAGUGAAGUCCUUUGUUGACGGGCUGUUUGCGCUGAACAACGACUUGGUCAAGUUCAAGCUGAAUCUGCGUGACUUCCUGAUCCAGCUCAAGGAGUUCUCCGCCGGAGACAACACUGAGUUGUUUGCUGAAGACAGAGAGAUCGCUGCGGAAGAGGCACGCAGGGCUGAGAGGGAGAAGGCUGCGCGGGUUGGUGGUCUGAUCAAGCCCAGUGAGAUGGACGACGUGGAACUGUAGGGUGGGCUCAAGGAAGGGAUGGCGAUCGGUAAUAUUUCUUUUUUUGUAUGAUACAGUGAAUUUACCGCGUAUAUCUGCAUCGCAAAUCGAAAUUCAGAAGUCGUUCAAACACUACAGAAUCCGUGAUUUUU